AUGCCUGGUAUCACCUGGGAUGCUGAGGCUGAUCGCAAGAUCCUGCUCGCAGUCUUGAAGGACCCUAGUGCCUCCGCAAACGUCGACUGGGACGCUCUCGCUGCAGAGCUCACCACUGAUGCUGCUACCUGCACUGUUGCCGCUUUGAAGAAGCACACUUCUCGCAUCCGUGUUGCUGCAAAGAACGACAAUGACCCCAAGACUCCUGCUCCCAAGAAGGGAAAGGCCAAGUCCAACGGGUACAAGCUUCAGAAGGCCGCUCCUGGCCAGGAGGAACUGAAGAUCAAGGCCGAGAACAGUGAUGCUGAAGCUUAG